CUCAGCAUCUGGUUUCCGGGUAUCUCUUCUAAACGAUGCCGAAAGUCGUGUCCCGCUCGGUCGUCUGCUCCGACACCCGGGACCGGGAGGAGUACGACGAUGGCGAGAAGCCCCUGCACGUCUACUACUGCCUGUGCGGCCAGAUGGUCCUGGUGCUGGACUGUCAGUUAGAGAAGUUACCCAUGAGGCCCCGGGACCGGUCUCGAGUGAUUGAUGCUGCCAAACACGCCCAUAAGUUCUGUAACACAGAAGAUGAAGAAACUGUGUAUCUCCGGAGACAUGAAGGCAUUGAACGACAGUACAGGAAAAAGUGUGGGAAGUGUGGGCUCCCGCUCUUCUACCAGUCCCAGCCCAAGAACGCGCCCGUCACCUUCAUCGUGGACGGCGCCGUGGUGAAGUUUGGCCAGGGUUUUGGGAAAACAAAUAUAUACACUCAGAAACAAGAGCCACCCAAGAAGGUGAUGAUGACCAAACGGACCAAAGACAUGGGCAAGUUCAGUUCUGUCACCGUGUCUACCAUUGAUGAAGAGGAAGAGGAGAUUGAGGCUAGGGAAGUUGCUGACUCGUAUGCGCAGAAUGCCAAAGUGAUUGAGAAGCAGCUGGAGCGGAAGGGCAUGAGCAAGAGGCGGCUGCAGGAGCUGGCUGAGCUGGAAGCUAAGAAAGCUAAAAUGAAGGGGACCUUGAUUGACAACCAGUUCAAAUGAGCAGGAACUUGGCUGCAAAGUGAGCCUGGAAGCAGACAUUUAGAGCAGGAGGAACAAGAACUACUGCUGCCUU